AUGGAAAGGAUGAUGCAAGAAAUAGUGCAGUGCAUGCUUGGUGCAAUUGUAAGAAAUAAUGCAAUCCAGAUGAUUAUCCUUUAUUUAGUGUUUUAUUUCACCAGGUGUGCAAGGCGUCCAGAUGUGUUUUAUAGUGGAAGUAAAAAGGAUUCUAUUAUUAAGAUGUCAAGCCUUCACAAAAACUAUUACCCCCUCUUUUUUGCACCGUUUGGAACUGUUCAAACCAUUCUCCAGUUGUUUCGAAGGUCCAUUAUUCUUCCGGGAAGAACAAGCCUCCGGAUAGAAGUACCUCACAAUGGGCACAUCCUGCUUGACCUUGUGGAGACUGACAGAAUGGCUGAGAAGAACGCCCUGCUGGUUCAUGGAUUCAAUGGGUCUGGAGACUCGACUUAUAUCAAGGGACUCACAGGACACCUUUCAAAGGAAGGAUAUAGAGUCUUCUGCUUCAAUGCAAGGGGAAUCAAGUCCAAGCUCAACAGCCCGGUGUUCUUUCACAUAGGAUGGACCGUGGACUUGAAGGCAACUGUUGAGUUUAUCCUCUGCAACUAUCCUGGAACACUAGAGAUAUUUGGAUUCAGCAUGGGUGCCAGCUGGGUGACAAAGUUCUUUGGGGAGGAGAAGCUUGAUCCCAGGAUAGUUAAGGGAGGGGCAGUGUGCCUUCCAUUUGACUUCUUCAAGAUAGGGAUCCACUUUCAGAAGAAUCCCUACACCAGGUUCUUCAACAGGCUGUUGGCAAUGAACUUCAUAAAAUAUAUGAACAGCAACAAAGAGGUGUUUAAGAGCGCGGGGUAUGACGUGGAUGUGAUAAGGAAAUGCAGCAGUGUUCAGCAAAUAGACAUGAUGGUGACAACAAAGAUCUUUGACAUCAAGGAUGUCAACGAGUACUACAAGAACCAGUCAUGUGUGAACUAUAUUGAAAACAUAGGUGUUCCCUUCAUCAUACUCAACACAUAUGAUGAUCCGGUUAUUCCUGCAUUUUCUAUAGACAAGGAAAUGUGCUUAAGAAACAAAAACAUACUGCUAGUAAUAGCUCACAAAGGAGGCCAUCUAGGCUUUCUGUCCAACAGACUCGAUAGAACCUGGGCAGAGGACGUUUUGAUAGACUUUAUUAAGAACUUCUAA